AUGGAAGCGUUUGCAAAGAUUAGGAAAUCUUCUUUCGGAAAGCUUUUUGAUCUCCACACUCGUCAGUGCCCAGUUUCCUGUAAGCUGAUACACAACCUUCUCUCCCGCCAGUUGCGCUGCAAUCAAGAACACACGCUAUGGUCUGUGUUUGGUAAAGACCCUCCUAGAUUCAGCCUCGAAGAGUUUGGGACCAUUACCGGCCUUAAUUGUGGCUCUUUUCCCGACGGCUACGAAGCACCUGACCACAACCGAAAGGAUGCAAACAAGCAGAGGGGCGCACACAAAGAUCCGUUGUGGCAGAAGAUAGUUGGCAAGUACGACAAUAUCACCAUUACAGACUUAGCUGACGAGCUUGAGCACGACCACCAAAUGGAUGAGUGGAGGAGAAUCCGACUUGCUCUCAUCAUCAUACUCGAUGGAGUCUUGAUCGCCUCCCAACAGAUUCACCGCCCUACGCUGAGAUACGUUCAGAUGCUGGACGAUGUUGAUGCUUUCCUCGAAUUCCCUUGGGGGCGUGAAUCUUUCCUACACACUAUACGCUGCAUGAAACCGCCUAAGGUCGAGAAAGGCAAGCCCGUCGACAGCCCAGUUGAUAUGCUUGUUCUGAAGCUCAAACAGGAAACAUUCCGUCUCACCGGGUUCCCUCUAGCACUGCAGUUACUCGCUUUCAGAGCCAUACCCCUGUUGCUCUCGAAGAUCUCUGCUCCCUUAAACGACCAGACAAUAAUGGACCUUACCAAGCCUAAUCUAUCUAACCAUCCUUCCAUUGAACUAGACGCAGUUCUACAAGUCGAAGUUAACCCCUCUCUGCUGGUGACACCACUCAUACCGGUCAUCAGGGGACCACAUCCUGGGUGA